UUCUGUGAAUAUUCUUUGGGAAUAUUCAGUUGUUCGUCUAUCGUCUAGACUUGGCCAUCCAUCUCAAACUUUCGCCUAUUCGCCUAACACUCUUUUGGUUUGCCACGUUUUAAUCUUUGGGAUUAAGACGCUCAUCGACUUCAACACACUUUCGACUAUUGUUUUUAGCGGCGAACUCCUAGUUCCCUCUUGGGAAUCCCGACCUAGGUAGUUCCCGUUAUGUAAUUCACCAUGAACUUUCCUUUCGGGCGCAUCUUGAACUUUUUCUUUUGCGAAUCUUAGAGGCGAUGAACUAGGAUAUGGUAGAUGUUUUCAAGCCUAGUACCUAGUAAUUAAAGAAUUCAAGGAUGGGCUGGGUUAUCCAGAAACCCGAGAUUCAAACGCCCACUUUCGAAAUCUGCUCUCGAAACCCGGCCAAAAGCAAAUUUUGAAAUCCGGUCCGAAAUCCGACCCUACUUUUUUCUCAAUUCGGCUAUAUGCCCCUAAUGCGUACAUAUCUUUUGAUUUUUGGAUGAUAAUCUGAUAAGGAAUGACAGAUUUUAUUGUUGUAUUUUUUGUUUGUUGUCCAUUGAUUUUUUGUUUAAAGAAAAGCAGCUUUACGCCAUUGCCUAAUUGUGUACUAUGCUUGCUCUCGCUGAAAAAAGCGGGGAAAAAAGCUAAAUGGCAAAAAAGCCACCACCAAAUUGCAUGAAGAAAAAAUGGUUGGCAGAAGUAUAUUAUAUAUAUUUACUCUUUUUAUGCUUUUUCUAUAUUGACGUUUGCACUUAGGCUCAUUUUUUUAUUCUCCUACUAUUUUUUUAUUUUUUUACAAUUUAUUCCUUAUUUAUUUGCGAAGGCUUUAAGCUGAGUAAAUAUUUUGAUUAAUUGACAAAAUAUUUCAAACCAGUUCAAAAUACCGAAAAAAAUUUCUCCAUGGGAUUAUUACUUGAACGCUUUGCUUUAGUGUUUUGUAAGCAUCUUGCUUCCAAUUUUCUGCUUCGGAUUUCCUGCUUAAGCUUUUUUGCUUCAGAUUGCUUUUGGUUUUUAGCUUCAGAUUUCCUUGCUUCCAUUUUCUGCUUAGGAUUUUUUCUCUCUGAUUUUCUGCUUUCUAUACCUAUUUUCUGUUUCCGAUUCCAACACUUCCGAUAUUUUCUCUUCCAUUUCCUUGCUUCCGACUUCUUAUUUCUGUUCUUCUGAUUUUAGCUUCAGAGUUCCUACUUUCGGUAUUUUCUGCUUCCAUUUCCUUGCUUUCGAUUUUCUGCUUCUGAUUUUUCUUUUGUUUUUCUGCCUCCGAUUUCCAGUGCUUCCGACUGUUCCAACUCCCACCUUUGCUAAGUUUCCUCUCUUUUCUCCUGCUUACUUAUUUGUACUUCCGGUGUCCUUUUUCCCCUCGCUCUAUUUUUAUACUAAUAAAAAAAAGUUUAUAUUUAAUUAUAUUACAUUAAGCUAGAUAAAUUUCAUUUAUAAAAUUUAUGGUUAACGCAUAUAUAAUUAUUUUUAAUAUUAGUAUAUUAUUUUUAUUUAUUUUUAUUCAAGAUAGGAAAUAAAUGCUUUUAGACAAGAGUUGUCGGCGACAAGUUUUAGCCCCGAAAGUUUUGAAAUUUCAUCCAACAAACCCCUAAAAACGGAAAUUUUUGAGAAUGAGUAUAUUUUUUGCUUCCGAUUUCUGCUUCCGAUUUCAUGUUUCCGAUUGCUGCUUCCGGUUUCUGCUUUUUAUUUUCUGAAAGUUU